GCGAACAAAGACGGAAGAUCACGUAGCCGGGGCGUGCGAGAGAGACCGACAAGGAUAAGAAUCUAAAGUAUGUUUGGGAAAACCAAACACAAUAGAAACGGCAGUGGUGCAUCAUUGAACAGUGGAAAAUGGUGGUGAAAUGGGCCCGUUGGACUUCUCUGUUGUUCUAAAGGAUUAACCAAACAGCAAGGGCUCUAUCAUUUGGACCAAUGACAUGGGAUUUUGCACGAGAAGAUACUUUUUUUUGUCAAUAUGUCUCCUGCAAAUCGUUUCAGUCGUUCAAAGGCAAGUGUUCGAUUUUCUCGGGUUCCUAUGGAUACCGAUAUUAGUCAACUUCUUUGAAAUAAUAUUCAUAAUAUUCGGAUUUUUCGGCGCCUAUCAGUACAGACCGAAAUAUGUUAUAGCGUAUUUGCUGUGGCACAUUUUUUGGCUGGCAUGGAACAUAUUUGUUAUUUGUUUAUAUUUAGAUGUUGCUGGUUUGGAUCAUAAGACCAAUAAGGUUUUGAAACUGGACAAAAGCAGCGCAAGCUGGUGGAGUAACUACGGACCAGGAUGUAAAAUAAAAUCCGCCGAGGACCCAUGGGCCGUCGAGGAUUGUUUGGUCGACUACAAAACUGUCGAAAUAGUGCAGGCUGGACUGCAAUGUUUCCUCACGUUCAAUGGGUGCAUCAUAGGCAUAUGCCUGAGUCGACUGUACAUGGAGGAGGACGAUACGUCGUCACGUAAAUCAUCAAGGAAAAACACAAAGCGCAUGUCUCUUUACUCAAUAGAGUUCAGUUCCCACUUGGAGAACCGGAACGGCGACAGUGACAACGAUUUUGACCACGUGGCUGCGCCCGUGUCACCAAAACCAAUGACACCUCGCAGAGUAAAGAGACGUAGCGUGAUGCAAAGAGGUUCGUCCGGAAGACACAGCACCAGCAGCAGACGACAUUCCCACCCCAGAUCGUCGACGAGGAGUUCCAGACGCAUGGCCCAAAACCCGGUCACUCAGUUACUGGAACAGCAACAGAAAUCUCAGGCGUACGAAACCAACAGUCCAUCACCCAUCGAAUCACUGCCCAACUACUACAACUCAGCCUCCAACAGCAGCCUGAUGAACCCGAACGGCUGGCAGAACAACGGCCACACCAACCCGACGUACCAGCAAUCCUCCACGCAAUCGCUGAACGAAACCGAAGACCUGGACGAUCUGUACAACAACCGGCCGGCAUCGGUAAGGUCCAGCUACUCGAACUUCCACGGCACCAGAGCGCUGAGCUACAACACGCCCAAGCACUUCCAUCACAGCUUGGCCACGCCGCAGGUGCCGCAAAAGCGGAACAACCCGAACAGGAACAGCAUGCGUUCGAUGGCUUUCAUGAACAACGGCCCGCCCGCCUACACCCAGGGCCAAUCGAUUGAUUCGGAAACGGCAAUCUGACCACAAGCACCGCAAGUGCCAGCACAAAUGCACCGACUGUAGUUUUUUGGCAGCUAGAAUUUUAGGCUAAGUAUUUAUUUUUGUAUGAUUGGGUGCCAUAGGGCACGUGUAUAUACACCGGACGUUGACUCUAGAUGCGAAAGGUUGACAAUAAAUGUUGAGGUGGUUCUUUUUUGGCUGUUGUGAAUACUUGAGUCACUUCUGUGAUGGCAGGCAUGCGCACAUCCUUAUGUACUUAACGAAUUACUUUUUUAUUUUUUUUUAUUUUACUGAAACAACUUUGUGAUACGUUUUAGUUUUUAUCAUCUAUGUAAUUAUUGUACAUAAAUUUACUUAUUGACUGGUAACGUUUUAUUUUAGGAAAUGUAUAACUUAAUUUGUACUAUAGUGUAUUUGCACAACUGAUCAUUAGAACUGUACCUAAACUAAUAAUUGUAUGCAUAUCUUUGAUCUAUUUAAUUGAAUUAACUUUGGUUAAGUUGAUUAAAUAAGUUAUCAUCACUAUUUAUUACAUAUCUUGCCGUUAAUCAUCGUGAAAUUAUAAUACCCCCCAACAAGUACUGAUAAACACAAAUAUUUUUAUAAACCUUCAUAAGAACUUUACUGACGUAAUCCUUCUCUUUUCUAGUCUUUCCCAAAAAACGAAAUAUUUGCGUUUAUUUUAAUAAUAUUUGUUUGCUAAUGCCAUAUUAUUUUUUGUACAAAAAGCUAUUUAUUUGUAAUAAGUGAAACAGUGGCAAAUUGUCUGCUUUAUUUUUGUAAUUCAUUUUUUGUACAGAUUUCUCAGUUACUUCUUGAAUGUGUUCAAUGCUGAUCGUUUUGUUGUAAAUAAUGCUUCUAGAUUAUAGAAAUAUCUUACCAAAGUAUUACCUAAAAUAUAUUUUUAUUACCUAGAAUGUAACAAGAAUCUCAUAUCAAUAAAACAUAUAGUUACAUAGACAAA